UACCGCAGCAAGUGCGCGCGCCUGCGCUCUGUUCUGGCGGUGGCCGAGUGGGGAAUCGGGAUCGUGCUGGUCUCCCUGCCGCUGCGGCCGGGUCUAUACCCGGACCCGUCUGUAAGCUGGGGACCAUGAACCGCAGCCGCCAGGUGACGUGCGUGGCGUGGGUCCACUGCGGCGUGGCCAAGGAGACGCCAGAUAAGGUAGAGCUAAGUAAAGAAGAAGUAAAGCGACUCAUUGCUGAUGCCAAGGAAAAACUGCAAGGAGAAGGUGGCAGUGAUGAAGAGGAGGCAGGCCAUCCUUCAGAAGAUGGCAUGCAGAGUGCACGCACCCAGGCUCGGCCAAGAGAGCCCCUGGAGGAUGGUGACCCGGAGGAUGACAGGACGCUAGAUGACGAUGAGCUGGCCGAGUAUGACUUAGAUAAAUAUGAUGAAGAGGAUGAUCCAGAUGCUGAGACUCUUGGCGAAUCUCUCUUGGGUCUUACGGUCUACGGGAGUAAUGAUCAAGAUCCUUACGUUACUCUGAAAGACACAGAACAAUAUGAACGUGAAGAUUUCUUGAUUAAACCCAGCGACAAUCUUAUAGUUUGUGGCCGAGCUGAACAGGACCAGUGCAAUUUAGAGGUGCAUGUUUAUAAUCAAGAAGAAGACUCUUUUUAUGUACACCACGAUAUACUCUUGUCUGCGUAUCCUCUGAGUGUGGAAUGGCUGAAUUUUGAUCCUAGCCCAGAUGAUUCUACUGGAAAUUACAUUGCUGUAGGAAGCAUGACACCUGUUAUUGAAGUGUGGGACCUCGAUAUAGUGGACUCUCUAGAACCCGUCUUCACACUUGGAAGUAAACUUUCAAAAAAGAAGAAAAAGAAAGGGAAGAAGAGUUCCUCAGCAGAAGGGCAUACUGAUGCUGUCCUUGACCUUUCAUGGAAUAAGCUAAUCAGAAAUGUGUUGGCAAGUGCAUCAGCUGAUAAUACUGUAAUUCUGUGGGAUAUGUCCCUGGGGAAACCAGCAGCUAGCCUUGCUGUACACACUGAUAAGGUCCAGACUUUGCAGUUUCAUCCAUUUGAAGCACAAACUCUGAUUUCUGGAUCUUAUGAUAAAUCUGUUGCUUUGUAUGACUGCCGAAGUCCAGAGGAAAGUCGUCGGGUGUGGCGGUUCAGUGGGCAGAUCGAGAGGGUGACUUGGAAUCACUUUUCACCUUGUCAUUUUUUGGCCAGUACAGAUGAUGGCUUUGUGUAUAAUUUGGAUGCACGUUCAGAUAAGCCAAUUUUUACUCUUAAUGCCCACAAUGAUGAAAUCUCUGGUCUUGAUCUAAGCAGUCAAAUCAAGGGUUGUCUUGUGACUGCUUCAGCUGACAAAUAUGUGAAGAUCUGGGAUAUCUUAGGUGAUCGGCCAAGUCUAGUUCAUUCUAGGGACAUGAAAAUGGGAGUUCUCUUCUGUUCUUCGUGUUGCCCUGAUUUGCCAUUUAUUUAUGCCUUCGGAGGUCAGAAAGAAGGGCUUCGGGUCUGGGAUAUAAGCACAGUCUCUUCAGUAAAUGAAGCAUUUGGAAGACGAGAGAGGCUUGUUCUCAGCAACACAAGAAGUUCCUCUAUUAAUGGCCCUUUUGGGAGCAGGAGCUCAGACACACCAAUGGAGUCUUAAGGAAGAUCAGAUAAUUUCCAGUUUGGUUAAGCCUCAUUGAGAGUUUUAAAAACCUGGCCUAAGAAUGUUCCACGUGUAGCAGCAGCCAUGCGGAGUGACUGAAAACUUGUCUUCAGCUGCCUGACAUUGUGUUUGGCAGCUGCAGUGACAGACAAAGCUGGUCUUUGCCAUUGUAUUUCAGACAAGUGGUGUAUAAGGCUCUUGUUGCAUUUCUUAAAAAGAAUAAUAAAAAAGAUUUUUUUUAAGUAAUUCCUUAAACAUACCAUCUGUCACAGGUAAGCUAGGUUUGUUUAAAAAAAAAAAAAAGGGUGGUAAUUUAUAGUUUUAAAAGAGGAAAAUCCUGUGAUCUUACAAGGAGGAUACACCUGGACCUGGAAAAGCUGUGAUGUGGCGCCGGAAUCCACAAACAGGCAGGUGCCGACAGACUCCACCUUCCUGACUGUUCUCAAGCUAAUGCUUAUGAGUUAGAAGUGCUCCCAGUGCUACUCUUAGAAUUUGGUAAGUAAAAGUGACAUGCAGUGUCUUGUCAUGACCAUUCAUUCAUUCAUGCUCAAAAAUAACAAAUGUUCUGUGCUAGUGGUAUUAAGGGUAAGGGGAUGGGUGAGGAUUCACUAAAAUAAGGAAAAUCUUCGCUCUCCGCCUAACAAGGGAUCAUUCUAAUUAUAGAUUGUCUUUUUAUUAAGUAGGAAUUUUUAGCAGGUAGUAAAAGUUUGACUUACGAGGACCAACCCUCAUUAGCCAUUAAUGUUUCCUGUGUGAUUCAUGAAUGUGACUUCAGUGAUUUUAGUGUUAAUACUGCAGAAUGUCAUUGGUGUAGCAUCUUGAACUCACUAAAACCUCUCUCUCUACAAGGGACAGAUGUAUGAAUUAAAAAGGUUAAAGAAU